CAUGACUCCAGGUGGAACUGGUCCAACAGGUGACAGAGUGAAAAUAUCUGGAGACGACGCUGACAAACUCCUACAACAUGGACCCACCUGGACCUGGACCCGGGUCUAAACCCAGACCUGAACCUGCUCCCAGCUCUGUGUCUCUGAAAAGUGACCAGUCCAAACACUAUCCUCCAGAGUUUAAAGAAGCUCCUCCUGAAGAUCAGAGCUCCUACAACAUGGACCCACCUGGACCUGGACCUGGGUCUAAACCCAGACCUGAACCUGCUCCCAGCUCUGUGUCUCUGAAAAGUGAUGAGUCCAGAAACCUUCCUCCUGUAUUUAAAGAAGCUCCUCCUGAAGACCAGAGGGAGCCAGGCCCAAAGGAGCAGCUGGACGCCAUAUUCAGGCGUCUGGAGGAGGACGUCCUGACUUUUGUCAAAGAGCAGCUGCAGAGGCUCCACAGGCUCCUGGCCUCAGAUUACCCAGAAUGCUCUGAGAGUGAGGAGGAGGAGCAGAGCAGCAGAGAGGUUCUGAACAUCACCCUGGACUUCCUGAGGAGGAUGGACCAGGAGCAGCUGGCCCAGCGCCUGCAGAACAGCGAUCCUGUUGGAGUGUGCAGAGGGAAACUGAAGUCUGAUCUACAGCAGAAGUUCAGUCGUGUGUUUGAGGGCGUGGCUAAAGCAGGAGACUCAGCCCCCCUGACCCAGAUCUACACAGAGCUCUACAUCACAGAGGGCGGAGCCUCAGAGGUCAACCAGGAACAUGAGGUCAGACUCAUGGAGACGGCGUCCAGGAGACCGGCCGCUCCAGAGACCAUCACAUGUGAAGAGCUCUUUAAGCCCCGCCCACAUUCACCACAGCCAAUCAGACUUGUGCUGACGAAGGGCGUGGCUGGCGUGGGGAAAACGGUGCUGACCCAGAAGUUCAGUCUGGACUGGGCUGAAGGCCGGGCCCACCAGGACCUCCAGCUGCUGUUCCCGUUCACUUUCAGAGAGCUCAAUGUGCUCAGAGACACACAGUUCAGCCUGGUGGAGCUGCUGCACCACUUCUUCAGUCCAUCCAAACAUCUCUGCAGCUUCCAACAGCUUCCAGGUGCUCUUCAUCUUUGACGGUCUGGACGAGUGCAGACUUCCUCUGGACUUCAGCCGAACCCGAGUCCUGAGCGACCCCACAGAGUCCACCUCAGUGCACGUGCUGCUGGUGAACCUCAUCAGGGGGAGCCUGCUUCCCUCCGCUCUCCUCUGGAU